AUGAGUCCGAACUCAGAAGAUCCCAGCUCUGCGAUCAACAUGUCCGCCGCGGCGCGUGCAAUGCUGGGCAAAGUCCACAAACUGGUGCCGCCAAUGUUGGAGAGAUUCCACAAAGGUCAGCUUGGUCGGGUCGCUGUCAUCGGCGGCAGUGCAGACUACACGGGCGCACCCUACUUCUCUGCCAUGGCAUCUGCACGGCUGGGCUGUGACAUGUCCUACGUCUUCUGCGAGCCUUCAGCAGCCCCGACAAUCAAGUCAUACUCGCCAAAUCUGAUGGUGUCACCGAUCCUCAGAUCUACAGCGUCCAUAACUCAGGCACAGAAAGAGCAGGAACCCUCGGGAGAAGAGCUCGCCAAACCAAUACUAGACAUGUUGCCCAGGCUGCAUGUGCUGGUCAUUGGACCCGGCUUGGGAAGAGAUGUUGUGACGCAAAAGCAGGUCAAAGCGGUCAUUGCCGCUGCGAAGAAGCAUAACCCCCCCGUCCCUAUGGUGCUCGACGCAGAUGCCCUCCUGCUAGUUCAGACAGACCCGGAUUUGAUCAGAGGACACAAGGAAUGCAUUCUGACCCCCAAUGUGAUUGAGUUUGGCCGUCUGGCCAAGUCGGUGGGCAUGGAUAAGAACACUGGAGAUCCGGAGAAGGCAUGCCAGGAACUCUCCAAGAUACUCGGUGGGGUGUGCAUUAUUCAGAAAGGGCCAGUCGACUACAUAUCACAAGGUAUUGACACCACCAUCUCCGAGUUCCAAGGUGGUCUGAAACGCUCCGGUGGACAGGGUGAUACCUUGACGGGUUCGUUAGGUACGUUACUUGCUUGGCGAGAAGCCUAUCAUGAGAAGCUCUGGGACAUUGGUGAGGAGAUGAGCCGAGAGGAAACGCUCUUGCUGGCGGCGUUUGGCGGCAGCGCCAUCACGAGAGAGUGUUCACGGAGAGCUUUCGUGAAGAACCAGAGAAGUCUGCAGGCGAGCGACCUUACGGAAGAGGUGCAUGAAUCAUUCUUGACCCUCAUUGGGGAGCCGAGCCCAAGCCAGGUGCCGAAACAGAAUCUGUGA